AUGGCUCCGCUCGCUCUACUUUCUUUAUUCCUUUUCGCUGUGGCUGCUCGCAGUCAGGGAGUACAGACAGCCGCCGAGGUUAACCAAAUCUUGGCCCAGGUCGAGUCCGGCUUCUCAAUUGAUUCUUCGAACCCGCCGUACUAUGAUACAGAGUGGUACUGGGAAGGAACCUGCAUCCAGUACUUCGGGCAGUGCACUAGUACUGCAAAAUUUGACCGCAGCUGGAUCCAAACCGGAAACGCAACUGCCUUCUAUGUAUCAAACACGGAUGCUAGCGCGAUUAACCUGACUAACGAUCCUUCGACCAUGACGGUAACAAACUCAACCUCAACAAUGGACUCUACGACUUCAGGCUGGACCAUCGGCGCGAAGCUGUCUGGCUCGGUUUCCGGUGAUAGCGUGACUGGGGGCGCUGAGGUCUCAGCAAGUUACUCACAGUCCUCCACGACUAGUACAACUGUGACUACGACCGUUUCCUAUACUGCGACUUGCCCGGCUCAACACCAGUGCAGCGUUGAGACCUGGACCUUCCAUCUCAAUAUUACUGGAUCCUGCUUGUCCCACGGCAUGAUCAACUGCCGCUCCCUAGGGACGUUUGAUCAAUGUACCAACCCUCAGACCGCAUGCCAGCAGUACCAGGACAUGUACACUGAUCACUGUAACCAACCCCUGAAAACAUGCAAUGUGCAGACCCCCGUCUACAACAGUGAUGGGACAACCCCAUACAGUCAGAUUGUUCUCAUUGCUACCCCUAUCAAUGGGACUUCGACAAUUGAGAGAUCCGGACGUGACCAGCAGAUGGUAAAGUACAAGGUUCUCGGAUAG